CUCCUCUUCUUCUUUCAUUCUCUUAUUACGUCACUAUUAAGCUCGCGUGCCCUUCUUUUCCGCUCUCUGCUUUUCUUUUAUCUGUUCAUAUAUAUAUAUAUAUAUAUAUAUAUAUAUACCACCUUGUGUAGCUCUUCUUCUCUCUGGUGUUGGGGCACAGUGCAGUGGAGAGGCGCAUCUGUAUUUAUAUAUUAUGAAGAUACCAAGACCAUGGACAUUGGCUUCUCCAGAUGAAAGAAAGGCAGCGGUGGAGAACUGAAGAAGAUAAUCUAUUACGUGCUUAUGUGAAGCAGUAUGGACCCAGAGAGUGGCACCUCGUGUCUCAGCGCAUGAAUGUGCCACUAGACAGGGAUGCAAAGUCUUGUUUAGAGAGGUGGAAGAAUUACCUCAAGCCUGGCAUCAAGAAGGGAUCUCUUUCAGAAGAGGAGCAGCGGUUGGUGAUACGGCUUCAGGCUAAGCACGGCAACAAGUGGAAGAAGAUAGCUGCUGAAGUCCCUGGCCGCACUGCAAAAAGACUUGGUAAGUGGUGGGAAGUAUUUAAGGAGAAGCAACAGAGGGAAUUGAAAGAUAGUAACAAGCCAAUUGUGAUUGAACAAGGCAAGUACGAUAGCAUUCUUGAAAACUUUGCAGAGAAGUUGGUGAAAGAUAGAAGAAUUACCCCAUUGCUCAUGGCAACUCCAUUGAUUCCACCUUGGCUUUCCAAUUCUAAUACUAGUCCUGCUGUAAGGCAGCCUUCUUCGCCUUCGGUCACUCUUACGCUCUCACCUGCUGCUAUCCCAUCAGCACCACCACCAUCUUGGCUUCAAGCAGAGAGAGGAGCAGAGAAUGGUCUGGGGUUGAGUAAUGUGCCAAACAACAUGAUUCCUAGUGUUCCUACAGGCAAUGGCCAGAUGGUUUCAGAGCUUGUGGAGUGUUGCAGAGAGUUGGAGCAAGGCCACAGGGCAUGGGUCUCACAUAGGAAGGAAACAGCAUGGAGGCUGAAGAGAGUGGAGCUGCAGCUGGAAUCAGAGAAGCAAUGCAAGAGGAGAGAAAAAUUUGAGGAGUUCGAAGCCAAGAUGAGGGCACUGAGGGAAGAGCAGCAGCUUGUCUUAGAGAGGAUCGAAGCUGAAUACAGAGAACAAAUUCUGGGCUUGAGGCGAGAGGCUGAAGUGAAGGAGCAGAAGCUUGCGGAGCAGUGGGCGGCCAAACACAUGCAGCUAAGCAAGUUUCUUGAGCAAAUGGGUUGUCGUCAAUGGCCGGGAACUGAGAUGAACGGCCGCUGAGCUGCAAAUGUUAUUCUAUUGUUGCUAUUUGAACAUUCUGAGCAUGUCAUCUACUAUAUUUCUCUCUCUCUCUCUCUCUCUCUCUCUCUCUCUCUCCCUCUGUGUUUCUGUAUCUGUCUCUGUCUCUGUCUCUGUCUCUGUGAUUUAGAGCUUCUUAUUCUGCUGUACCUGGCAUGAAGAUUUUGUUUCC